GGGGAGGAAGAAGAAGAAUCUGGGGAGGAGGAGGCCGUGGCGAUGGAGAAGUACAAGGAGGAAGACAGAGAGGAGGACGACGAAGGAGGAGGAGGAGGCACCGACGAUGGAGGACAAGGAGAAGGAGAAGGAGGAGGAGGCGGAGGAGGAGGAGGAAGAAGAGGUAGAGAAGGAGGAGGCCACGGCGACGGAGGAGGAGGAGGGAGAGAACUUAGAGGAGGAAGAAGAAGGAUCAUCGUCGGAGGAGGAUGACGACGAGGAGGCCGAGGAGUGGGAAGAGGAGGAGGAAGAAGAGGAGGAGGAGGAAGAAGAGGAGAAGGAAGAAGAGGAGGGCCCGACGAUGGAGGAGGAGGAGCAGGAGGAGGAGGAGACCACGGCGGCGGAGGAGGACGAAGAAGAAGAGGCAGAAGAGGAGGAGGAAGAAGGAGAAGAAGAAGAGGACGAGGAUUGGUGGGACGAGGAGGAAGAAGAAGAAGCAGGGGAGGAGGAGGCCGUGGCGAUGAAGAACGACGACGAGAAAGAUGAAGAGGAGGACGAGGAGGAGGACGACGAAGGAGGAGGAGGCCCCGACGGGGGUGAAGGAGGGAGAAGUGGCGGCAGCGGCGGUGGCAACGGGGGAGGAGGUGGCCCCGACGAUGGUGGAGGAGGAGAUGACGAUGGGACAGGGAUUGNCAACGGGGGAGGAGGUGGCCCCGACGAUGGUGGAGGAGGAGAUGACGAUGGGACAGGGAUUGGCAGGGCGAGGAGGAAGAAGAGGAAGUGGGGGAGGAGGAGGCCAUGGCGAUGGAGAAGGAUGAGGAGAAAGACGAAGAGGAGGAUGACGAAGGAGGAGGAGGAGGAGGCAGGGGAGGAGGACGAGGAGGCCUCGACAGGGGUGGAGGAAGAGGCGGUGGCAGCGGGGGAGGAGGUGGAGGAGGAGAGACGACGACGAUGGGGAGGGGACAGGGAUUGGUGGGACGAGGAGGAAGAAGAAGAAGCAGGGGAGGAGGAGGCCGUGGCGAUGAAGAACGACGACGAGAAAGAUGAAGAGGAGGACGAGGAGGAGGACGACGAAGGAGGAGGAGGCCCCGACGGGGGUGAAGGAGGGAGAAGUGGCGGCAGCGGCGGUGGCAACGGGGGAGGAGGUGGCCCCGACGAUGGUGGAGGAGGAGAUGACGAUGGGACAGGGAUUGNGGGCCGGCUGACGCGGGCUGGCGGUCUGGGCGCCGAGCGGCGCGGAGAUCGGCGCCAGCGCCGUCAGCAGCAGGAGCAGCCUCGCGGUGGCGCGGAUCGGCGAGAGGGGGGGGAGGGGGGCAGCGCACGUGCACACGGCGGAAGCGAUCAGAAUGGGAGGGGGGGGGAGGGGGGGUAAAAAGACAAGUUGGGUGAGGUAAAGGAGUUGAUCAGAUUUGAGCAGGAAGGGGAGGAAGUCGGGUGCACAGGGGAAACCGGGAUCGGGAUAAGGGUCCAGGUCAGGGUGAGGAUAAUGUGCAGGCAGAACGAGGCGGCGGAGUGCACCGGAAGAGGGACUCAAGGCGGGGAGUGGGCAUGGAGUCGGGAGGAAGAGAGGAUCCGGAUAGCGAAGUGGGUGGGCAGGUUGGAAUGCAGUGGAAACGAUACACCUGGUCGCGGAGUUGCCCAGGUGC